AUGCGCGCGUCCAUCGAGCCCAAGGAUUCGUGGACCGCGGCGGAGCUCGCGGCGUACGACGGCACGGACUACGACGGCCCCAUCCUCCUCGGCGCCGACGGCCUCGUCUUCAACGUCUGGAAGGGCCGCCACUUCUACGCGCCCGACGGGCCCUACCACGCCAUGGCGGGCAAGGACGCGAGCCGGCAGCUCGCGAAGAACCGGCUCGACGACGACGAGGACUACCCGGAGGACGACGGCAAGCCCCUGACCCUCGCCGAGGAGGCGGCGCUCCAGGCCUGGGUCUUCUCCUUCAAAACCAAAUACGACGUCGUCGGCAAGCUGGAGUACGCGAAGGACUAG